GUUUAUAAUACGCUGGCGUGUCAGAGUGUACUGGCCAUAAGUGCUUCCAUAGGUCUGAUGCUCCCAAACUUUUUUAUAUUGGUGCUCUUUGUAAAAACAUUUUAUAAAGCAUGAGUUGCAACAUUACAAACUUCGUCUCAGAUAAAAUAGCAUUAGAUGCCGUAGUUUUUUAAUUGUCAAAUGGUAUGUAGAACACAUUCUAACGGAUGGAUGAUAUAGAAGAAACAAAGCGGCUUUUUAUUAUCGAACGAUGAAUUAUUUUCAUUGUUUGCAUGGUUCAUCCAUUCCCAGAGGAGAGUUGUUUGGAGCAAUCAUUGGUAAUAAAGCAGACCAAUAAAUAAAGUGGACUGACGACCGCUUUGCACAUAUGUUUCCUUUGAUACAAAACAAAUCCCACGUGAGAUCAAAUUCUAAAAACACAAUGUGAAUCACUCGUAUGCCUCUCACACAACUUGAUGGCGAUCGCAAUCUCUUGAACCCACUUUCAAUCUUUCCAUGUCACAUGUAAAAUCUUUGUCCUUACCUCCCAAAGCACUCUUUCUUCCCACACUAACCAAAUAACCAAUGGAUCACUCUAUUCUCUCCACGAAAAUGAAUCCUAAUCUUCUAUUCUCAGCUCCCAUUAUCAACCCACUCUUUAUUUUCCCCUCAUAUAAAAUACACACACUCUUAUGCAUAUGCGUCAAUCAACUUCCUCUCCAAGAUCUAUAUAGAUAGUUACCAAGCGAGGAGCUAGAUGAAGUGUUUCUGAAGGAUAUACACUCGUGAACAUUUGAUGCAUCUAAUGAUGAAUAACUUCAUCGUGAUCUUCUGAAUGAAUUUUAUGUUUCUGAUGACCUGAUCGAGGCACAACGCACCAAAUAAUAAUGUUGGAGCUUGGAUUCUUCUUCUUUCUCUCUCAAACGUUAUCUCACUCCACUCUCACACUCGUUAUCUGAAAGUACUUAUCGUAUUAAAGGGUUAAAUAACACGUGAAAGUGAAAUGGACCAAUAUAUGUUUCAUUAAAUGGUUCAAUAACAAUUCUAUCUUCAUUUAUAAUUUUAAAUAAUGAUUUAUUAAAUAUAUAAAAUAAAUAAAUAUUAAAAAAUCCAAAAAUAAUAAAUAUAUUUAUUCAUGAAGAUCUUCUCAAGUACACAUUUAAGAAUGUAUUUCAAAUAUAUAUUUAUGAAAGCUUUUCCAAAUUUUAUGAAGAUAUUAUACAUAUUUAUCAAUAUCUUACUAAAUUUUAGAAAUAUAUUAUACUUAUUAAGGUAGAUCUUCCUAAACUCAAAUUGAGAAGGAUAUUGUGGAUAAUUGGAUAAGCUUUAACUUGUUUCUUUAGCUUUAUUUAUAUCUAAAUCAUCAAAGUUAACCAAUUCUGAUGCCACUUUAAUUUUAAAUAAAAAAUUUGCUUUAUAAAAAUAUUUAUUUAUUUUAUAUAUCUAUAGAAUAUAUGUAUAAUUCUUAUUUACUUUUUAAUGAAACUUAUUUUGGUCAGAUCUUUACUAACUAUUUUUGUGAUAAUUUUUUUAAAGACUAAUCUAAAGUAUUUUUCUAAAUUAUUUAUCAAUUAGAUUUUACAAAAUUAAAAGAAAAGGAAAUAAAUCCGUGAAGUAAGACCCUAAAGCAUAGAGCAGUGUAUAAAUAAUAAUAAGAAAUGGUCGUGAACAACCCAGCCUACACAAAUUAGAGUUUUGAAUCUUGAUCUAGUUAAGAUGGCGCAACAACCGACGUCAGGUUCUUCGUUUCCUAGUGAUCUAACCUUAGAUAUACUCUUACGUCUACCUGCAAAAUCUGUUUGGAGGUUUCGUUGCGUGUCGAAGCUUUGGUUAUCAAUCACUACCGAUCCAUGUUUCAUCAAAUCGUUUGGAACUACAAGACCAAGUCUUCUACUCUGUUCAAUAAAAUGUCACAAUUUUUUUGUUACCUCGACUCCGCAACAUACUCAUCAUAGUUCAACCAGGUCUUACUCUUCUUCUCAGACUUUUCAUUGUUAUCCUAUGAAACUUCCAGGAGAAAAAUGUUACUUCUCCAAUAUGGAUUCUGUGCAUGGCUUGAUCUGCAUUGAAGAUGCAGACUCCAAGAAGCCCGUAGUUUGGAACCCUAGCACGAAUCAAUUAUUACAUUUACCCAAACCCAAUAUGAGCUCGAAACAUGCAAACGUGUUCUUAGGAUACGAUUCAGUCGAAGGCAAACAUAAAGUAGUGUGCCUUCCCUAUAAAAAAACUUGCUACGUCUGCCGAGUUUUUACUUUGAGAUCAGGGCAAGAAUCAUGGAGGACCGUCAAAACUAACCUUAAGCAUAGGUGUAUUGGCUAUGCUUCUGGCCAAUGCAUCAAGGGGGUGAUAUAUUAUCUAGCCCGUAAUAGUCAAACGUAUGAUACGGUCAUAAUGAGCUUUGGUGUCCUAUCUGAGAUAUUCCGUAUGAUAGAACUACCUUCAGGUAUUAAACAGGAUGUGCUGAUAUCUUACGAGGGGAGAUUAGCUUGUAUUGAUAGAAAUAAUAAUACAAGAUUGUGGAUUUUGGAAGAUGCAGAUAAACACAAGUGGUCCUUUCAAGAUUUUUUCUUACCUUUAAAUGAGUGGGAUAUGGGUGUUUCGCGUGAAGAACAUAACUGGACUGCGACUCCAUAUCUAGAUAAUCGUUUCAAACUAAAAGGUUGCACUCAUGCUGGUGAGUUUAUUUAUGUAACUUCCAGGUUCCAUAAAUCGUCUUAUAUUGUAUUCUACGAUCCGGUGAGAAAUAGUUGUAAAAUAAUCAAAUUCGAAGGAAUCGUUGAUGGGCUCACUAUGCAUGCUUUCCCGAAUCACAUUGAAAGUCUUAUGUCUUUGUAACAAUUUGUGUUGGUUUUUUUUUUUUAAUAUUGGUAUCCUUUGUAGAACAUUUUAUAAAGAGCAUGAGUUGCAACAUUACAAACUGCGUCUCGGAUAAAAUAGCAUCCGAUACAGUAGUUUUUUUAUUGUCAAAUGGACUAACAAAGCGAGUUUGAUAUCCAACGCAAUUAUUUUCAUUGUUUUGUUCAUCCAUUCCGAGAGGAGAGUAGUUGGGGAGUCAUUGGUAAUAAAGCAGACCAUAAAAUAAAGUGGACCGUCAGCCGCUUUGAAUAACUGUUUCCUUUGAUCCAAAGCAAAUCCCACGCGACAUCACAUUCUAAAAACACAAUGUGAAUCGUAUGUCUCUCACACAACUUGAUGGCGAUCACAAUCUCUUGAAACAACUUUUAAUUUUUCCAUGUCACAAAUAUUUGUCCUUGUCCUCCCAAAGCACUCUCUUUCUUCCGACACUAACCAAUGGAUCACUUUCUUCCCUCCAAGAAAAGGAAUCCAUCUUCUAUUCUCAGCUCCCACAUCAGCCCACUUUACAUUUUCACCUAAUAUAUAUACACACACCCGCACUCUUAUGCAUUUGCGUCAAUCAGUUACUCUCUAAUAAGAUCUAUAGAUAGUUACCAAGAGAGGAGCUAGAUCGAUAAAGAUGUCUGAUUGGGGACCCGUUUUUGUUGCUCUAUACGUGUUGCUAACUCCAGGCCUGCUGAUUCGGAAGGAACCGAGUGGUUGAGUUUGGAACAUUUCAAACAAGUGGUGUUUCGGUUAUUGUUUACACCCUCGUCUACUUCACUCUUGUUUGUACUCUCUUGCUCGCUCUCCAAAUUCACAUGUACAUCGCCUAAUCU